AUGAUUUCCGGUAAGGACAUUUACCAGGUUGUUUCGGCGUUGGUUCCUCUCUAUGCUGCAAUGAUAUUAGCCUAUGGUUCAGUGAGAUGGUGGAAAGUUUUUACACCAGAUCAGUGCGCAGGCAUCAAUCGUUUUGUUGCAGUUUUUGCAACUCCUUUUCUCGUUUUUGAUUUUAUAUGUUCUAACAACCCUUAUAAAAUGAACUUACGCUUCAUCGCUGCUGAUUCUCUCCAAAAAGUGGUGGUUCUGGUGGUUCUCUUCAUUUGGAAAGCCACCGCCAGACGUGGUGACCUUGACUGGACAAUCACUCUUUUUUCUCUAUCUACUCUUCCCAACACUCUUGUCAUGGGCGUCCCUCUUUUGAAAUCCAUGUAUGGAGAAUUCACAUCGCCUCUUAUGAUUCAAGUUUGUUUCAUGCAGAGUGUACUUUGGUACACUCUGCUGCUGUCCAUGUUUGAAUACAGAGGUGCAAAGAGACUCGUUGCUGGGCAGUUUCCUGAAACAGCUGCCUCUAUUUCCUCUUUCAAGGUUGAUUCGGCUGUUGUUUCUCUCGGUGGUCACGAACCACUAGAGACGGAUGCUGAGAUUGAUGAUGAUGGCAAGCUCCGAGUGGUGGUGAGAAGAUCAAGUGCAACAUCCUCAAAUUUCUCAUCGCGCGACAGGUUCGACGGAUGGAACCCGGUCCUUAGUGUUCAUCUUCCACCCAGAGCUUCAAACUUCUCCAGCGUAGAGGUUUUCUCCGUACAAUCCUCACCAAGGGCUUCAAGUUACAGGCAGACAGAUCUCCCUAACUUAACUAAUAGUUUUGGAGACAUUUACUCAUUACAAUCUUCAAGGAAUUCUGUUCCAAGGAUUUCUUCGAAUCUUGAGGAGGAAAUGAGAAGGAAAAAUGGAGUUGCUUUUCCAGGUUCUCCAAGCUGUGCAGUACCACAAAAGGAAGGUGGUGGGGCGCCAGCACCUAACAAAGACCUUCACAUGUUUGUUUGGAGUUCAAGUAUUUCCUCUAAUAUUUCUGAUCAUAGAUAUCUGAGAGCUGAUCAAAUAAAUGGCAGACACACCUACCCUGAUCCCUUCAAUGGAGCAGAUCCUCAAGAGGACAACAUUGCUGCUGCUGCUUCAACAGGUAUACCAUGCCGCUACUUAUCAUCUUCCUGUUUCCAUUCAGCGAAGAAACAACAGAUGCCUCCGGCGACUGUCGUGGCUCGACUCAUCGCUAUGAUGGUGGGGAGGAAGCUCGUUAGAAACCCUAACACUUACGCAAGCUUGCUGGGCUUGCUAUGGUCUUUGAUAUCAUUUAGGUGGAGCAUCAAGUUGCCAUUGAUCGUGGAUGGAUCUGUAAGAAUAUUAUCCAAUGCUGGUCUGGGAAUGGCUAUGUUCAGUCUAGGUUUAUUUGCAGCGUUACAGCCCAAGGUCAUAGCUUCUGGAAAGGUUUUAGCGUUGAUUUCUAUGGCUAUUAAAUUCUUGAUAGGACCAGCAGUUCUUGCCGCAACAUCUCUUGCCGUUGGCCUUCGCGGUGAUCUCCUACGUAUAGCUAUUGUUCAGGCUGCACUUCCAUCAGGCAUUCUUCCUUUCAUAUUCGCCAAGGAGUACAAUCUCCACGCGAAUAUACAGAGCACUUCGGUCAUUUUUGGAAUGGUGGUUGCCUUGCCUGUUACAAUAAUAUAUUAUGUGCUCUUGGACCUUUAA